GCUAAUUUUAAAAAUAAAGUCCAACUUGAAAAUGAAAAUAGCAAUGUUGAAUCAAAUUUUACAAUCAAUUAUUUGAAUUUUACGUAACCGACUGGCUGAUAAACAGUAUAAAUAAAACAUUUAUGAUUUAAUAUCGAUUGUUUAUCAGGUUAUAAAAGGCAAGCACGACGAAGUAAAAAAUGACAACGCUAUGUAAUAACAACCAAACCCUGGAUAUAUUUGACCAAAAUAUAUCUGAUGUUAAAUUAGUAGCUUUUGGGAGUAUUCCAGUAGAUACUGCUGUGGAGAAAACGAUAGGCAUUGAAAAUACUACUGAUAAAGGCCUAACAUACAGGGUGUCAAAUAUCUAUAUUCUGAACAGCGUGGAUCAUGUGUUCAAAAUAUCCAUAACGUCGAGCUAUGUGCAGCCGGGUGAAGCUGCUCGAAUCAAGAUUGUGUUCAAACCCAACAUUGUGGGGCAAUCGUUCACUGAAUACUAUCUUGUGGAUGACACCAGUGGCAAUACUUAUAGGCUCACUGUCACAGGAAGAAGCUAUGGUCCAAGAGUAAAGCUAGAUAAAAAGAAAUUGGUCUUUCGAAUUUGUAAAAAUGUAACGGAACAAAGAAAGGAGGUAAUCAAUAUUGUGAACACAUCGUCUGUGGAUACGACGUACCAGUGGUAUAUGCCUGCUUCUGGUCAAGGAUGUUUCCAAAUUUCGACGGGCAACUGUGGUCUCAUCAGAGCUUUCGAAACUAUAACAACUACGGUUAUCUUCACUGGAAUACCUCUUGGAAUAUACACUGGAGAGCUGGUCUGUUUGGUCCUUCAUCAGCAUCCCUUAUUCUUGAAUGUGUAUGCGACAGUCGUUUUACCUGGAAACCCAUUACUUAGUAUCCGAGAGCAUGUUUUUGUGAAGAAUUGGAAGCACAAGUCUCGCACCGUCCAUUUAAUGGAGAAUAGUCUGAACCGACUGACUUAUAUACCGUCUGCUACGGUGUUUGAAAGAUACCUUGACUUCGGUACGGGCAGUGUUACGGAUACCACCAGGAACAUAUCACAAACAAUUUGUGUCACCAAUCAUGAAGACCAAGAGGGCUAUAUACAAUGGAUGCCAGAUCCUGAUAACAUAUUCUUAGUAGACCCAAUCGCUUCUAUCAUACCUCCAAAUGAAUCAAGACUGUUUACUGUCAGAUACAGGCCUAAAAUUGAGAAUGAAGUCUAUGGGUACCUCAUGUGCGGAGACUAUCAGGUCAAAAAAUUUGUAAGCGCUACUGAUGAGAUCAGACUGAAGCACUCAUUGUUUCGUAUUCCGUGUACGGGCAACACGUGGAUGCCUUGUACCGAAUGGGUGACGGAAUGGGAUUGUCCCUCUGAGGUAAUUCUGCCACCAACAGUACCAACUAGGUCCACUUUCGCUAAUUUCAUGCUGUCAAACAAGUUUGAAAUUCCUAUGCAUUUUAAAUUCGAUCCACCAUACGGCACGAAUUUCGUCGUAAUGCCAGUUUGUGGAAUCGUUCCGGGCCGCGGAUGGCAGAUUAUAUCAGUAGGUUUGGAACCAAAAUGUUUUGGUGAUUAUUGCGAAGCGUGGGACCUUAUUAUUAACAAGGUGCAAAAGACAUCUAUCAGCUUCACGGGUAACGCAGAAAUGAGUCAAGUGGAGGUAAUGUCCCAUGGUUACCAUCCAGCAACGCAUGCGAUGCUGGAGUUCCCUCCUACGAUCACUGGCUGCACCAACUAUUGCACGUCAUACCUUCACAACCUCACUCGGAUGGAAAUGCAUAUACGAGUAUUAUGUAAUGUCGACUGGAUGGGAGCCGAUAGCUGCGGAUCUCUAAUUCUCCCACCCAAAGAAAUCAUACAUUUUCAUUGGUGGUUCUUCCCCAAAAUCCCUGACAAAGUAUAUGAAACGACCAUAACUUUAACUUGCGUCUGCUUGAUUAAAGGACAGGCGGUCGGGGAACCGACUGAAGUGUUUAUCGCCAUUUCUGGCUUUUCGGAAUUUCCUGAUUUGAGGAUCUUGCCAAAGGACUAUAAUCUCCAUGAUGUUGUUGUCGGGGAAAGCGUCACGUUUCCCGUGACUUUGUACAACAAUGGCUCUUGUUACUUUACGUCUAAGUUGUACCACACUAUUGAAGGUAUGGGGGACGACUAUACAGGCGAUAGACUUGAAAUCGAUUCAUCAGUGAAUAGUUUGAAACCAUCGAAUCACUGCACCGUUAAAAUGACGGUGACUCCUGACGGGGCCGGAUCACGGAGACUCCGUAUCAAGUACACUGUCCUCUACCGCACGGAAAAUGAUGAAGUUGAGGAGAUACAGCCAAUUAUGACUAAGAUAUGUACCAUUUUUUACGAUGGGAUUUAUCCGACAAUUAAGGUGAAGCGCACACUAUCAAAUAAAUGUCCAGUAAUUCUCAGUAAUCAUUGCGUCUGGAAUAUCGUCAAUGUUGAAGAACUUAAUCAGGCUUUUGUGGACUGUCGCCCAAAUAAUCCAAUCGGUGUCAAUAUUUACGCUCCUGAUUUAUGUGUCCGAACUGAUCACGUCGAGCUGGUAUUUGUAAUGGGCUGUGUGUACCAAGUUCCUGUGCCUUGGAGUCUCCGUAGAGAGAAGAUUUGUGACUGUAAUAUGAUACAAGUGAAAAUAGCGACUUCAAAGUACGAAAUGAGACACACCUGCCCUCAUAGGCAGCUGGUGGAAUUGUACCCCUUAAGCGGGAUUGUUUCGCCUGACAAUCCCAACCUGCUGUAUCUAAAAUUCACCUACUCUAGUAAAGGUUUGAACACACUGUGCUAUGUGAUGACAAUGCCGAAUCAAAGAACAAUUUAUAUCUACGUUCACAUUUACGCGUAUCUGAACACGAGAGGAUUGCUGACGCCAUUGCGUCGUCCUGUGGGAGUUGGCGAGUAUUUGGCGGUACUGGACUGUGGUAGAGUGCCCAUUAAUAACCUGGAUCCAGUUAUAAGGAUUGUAUGGCUGUACAACCCUACUGAUGUGUUCACUACUUGGCGUUUACUUCGUGGUAACACUAACCCAGAUUCUGUGAUCCGUUGUUUGCUCUACUUUGCUGAAGUACCGCCCCUUGGAAAACUAGCCAUACCAUUUGCUUUUAUGCCCACGGAAAUGAUAGAUUAUGAGGUGAUAUUCCUCUGUUCCUUCGGCUACGAAAAUGAAAGGAUUCAAGUGAAAGGGCAAGGAGGUCUGCCAAAUUGUAUCGAGACCAGACUGGACAUUCCAAUAUAUGUUGAACGGAUCAUCAGAGAGGCGCACAGGCAAGAAGUGGUAUAUCUCUCGAUGGAACAUCUGACACUACCGGUGAUGUCGACGCACUCCUUGUCUAGGGAUAUAAUAAGCAUCUACAACGACACUGACCACAUUAUGAGGUUCAUUUGGCUACCAGAAAGAAUAGCGAAUAUCUUGAACGUUGUGAUGACGCCAUGCUGGGGGGUGAUCCAGCCCAAGAGUUCCGAAUGGAUUACAAUGACUGCCUACACGCUCCAGGAGCCUGCAACAUUCACGACGACUGUCGCCUGCGAGAUUUUAGAUUUGACAAAUCGUAAGAUAUAUCAACAAAAUAAACUUCAGAGGCGAAACAAAAUCGAAAAAUGUAACCAAGAGUUCAUUAUAACUGAACAAGGAAUGUUCCACCCUGGUAUAAACGAUUCGCCGCCGUAUGUGCUGGAUUUAGAAUAUCCCCAACCAAGUUACUUGGCAAUGACGGUGUCAGUGUCUUCGAAAGGCCAGCGAGAUGGAUACCCGAGAAUGCUGUUAAGACAAAUGUGGCAACAGCCACCUCCAUACGAUUUACUGGCAUCAGACUUGACCGAGUUGAAUAAGGAACGUCCGACAACAAGCAACAGUAUGACUGUCACCGAUAUACUUAGAAUUAUCGACGGAAUUUUAUGGGACGCCAUGCACAGUAAAAUGUUUAAAUGCCAGAUAGAAUACUACUCCAAAGAGGAAAUACCGACUUAUGAACAAACUAUGAGAGGGUACACAAGGGAGAUCAAGCCAAAGUUGAGUCGAAGAGUCACUUCUGGAAUUUGCGAUGCUAUUGUCAACAAGGCAGUGUUCCACAAUUUCGGCCUCAAUGCUAAGCAGUCCCCGAUCAUGGAAGCGGAAUGAUUAUUGUUAAUUAAUUAAUACUUAUUAAUAUUAUUUUAAUGAAAUAAACAGUUAUAUUUGAAAACUGAUUU